UUUGAAUCGGACGCUGCCGUAAAGCAGCCGUUUGUUGUGUCGCGCGGCCGAGGGUUGUCAUAACGACGGUCAAGAUGGCGGCGAUGGCGGCCGGAGACGAACAUGCUGCUUCUGAAGUUUUGAGAGGACUCGCCAGACAUUUAAACUGUCUGAACGAAGACAACAAGGCCACCAGAAAGACGGCUCUGGAGCGGAUCAAGAAGGAGACCGUCGACAGGGGACACCCGAGCGGCGUCUUGCAGGAGCUCUUCGCUGCCCUCCUGAAGCCUCUCCUCAAAUGUCUGUCAGACCCGAUGGAACGGUGCAGAGAGACCGCGAUAGCGACGAUAACGGAGUUCAUUCGCUGCGUCCCGAAGCCGGAGGAGUCGCUGCCGUACCUCGUGCCCUGUCUGGCUCAGAGGCUCGGGGAGAAGGAGCUCCUGGAGCCGGCGGAGGAGCUCCGGCUGUCGGCCGUGGAGCUGUUGACGCUGACGGUGGAGGUGUGCGGGGUGCAUUUGGCCCCGUACCUCACCGACGUGGUCCACAUCCUGCAGAGGACCGUCGUCGACCCUUUCCCAGACGCCAGGAGAGAAAGCUGCAAAUGCGCCGCACUCUUUGCAAAGUGUGUGCCAGAGCACUUUCACAUGCAGGCUGAGAGUCUCGUGAAGCCUCUGAUGCAGACCAUUUCUCAUCAGCACUCCCGGGUACGAGUGUCUGCCAUUGAAGCCACCGGGGCUGUCAUUCAGCAUGGCACCGGGAAGAACAUGGACGACGUGCUCUCUCACCUGGCACAGAGACUGUUUGACGACUCGCCGCAGGUGAGAAGAGCUGUGACGGCUGUUGUUGGUGAUUGGCUUCUUCACAUGAGAGACAGAUACUCUUAUUUCCACAAGCUCAUCCCACUCCUGCUGAGCGGUGUCGAUGAUGAGAUCCCAGAAAUAAGACUUCUAUCAGCUGAUUUAUGGAGGCAGGUAGGAGCCCAGUGGGAGAAAGAGAAUGAGGACGAAAUCAAGGAUAAGAUGGACUUCCUCCUGUCCCCACCUCCCUUCUACCCAACAGGAGUGGAGCGUCCAGGGCUCGGCUGCAGAGAGCUCGUGGUGAGAAACCUGGGUCGGCUGGUGCCGGCAAUCACCCACGACCUGACCGACUGGCUGGUCCCCACGCGGGUCAGGACCUCUCAGCUGCUCUCGGUGCUGCUGCUUCACGCCGAGGACCACAGCACCCAGCACCUGCAGCCUCUCCUGGCCACCCUCUACUCUGUCUGCACGGACACGGAGAGGGACGUGGUCAGCAACUGCCUGGCAGCUGCUAAACUGUUGGGGACCUUUGUCCCUCCUGUCGUCUUCCUCAAGCUGCUUCUGGAUCAUGUGACGUCCCCCUACUCUCCCUCUCACCCCUGGGCCCCCCUCAUGGUGCUGACUGCGGUGCUGGGAGGCUGCUCUCCAACCGUCCUCCAACCACACCUCAAAAAGAUUGCCGACACACUGUCCCAGCCCGACGUCUGCCAGGAAUAUCAACAGGUCGUGUAUUUGGAUCAGUUGUUGGCCUGCGUGGAUGUGCUGCUGCGUCACUGUGAAUCAGACCACGGAUCAGUCAGCCUGCAGCUGCUGCAGGUGUUGGUCACUGUCCAGAGUUUCUCCACUGAGCCACGUCUCAGCGAGAAGGCCGUGGAGAGUGUGCAGCUCUUGAGUACGGUGCAGGGCCUGGACUCGGCGAUGGAACUCUAUAGACAACAUAUGGGCCAGCUGUUGGAUUGGCUAUCUGGCUCCGUCAACACCUGGUCCAGCUACUCGCCACAGAGACUUCAACUGCAUAUCAUAGUCAUACAAUCAGGUCCGGUGAUUGGGGAGUUUGUGGGCCCGUUGAUGCCCCUGCUGUUCAGCUGCCUCCACCCGGACAGAGACCCAGAGAUGAGGAUGAGCAUCUUCACAAUGCUUGCUAAGUUGCUACUGGAUGCAACCAACACGCUGGAUUCCAAGGGACGUUUCCGUGAUGAGUCUGAGAGGUUCCUGAGCGACGUCUUGCUUCCUAACCUGGUGUGGCGUGCAGGUCGCAUCGCUGCUGCCGUCCGCACCUCGGCUCUCAGCUGUCUGCUGGCCCUGCUGCAUGGAGGGGCCACCACACCUGGACAGCUGCUGUGUCUGGAAGAGAAACUGAGGUCCCAGGUGUUGUCCGCCCUGGAAGAAGACUCUCAGGUGGGCCGGCUGUUGGCCUGUCGCUCCCUGUCAGUCAUCCUCCGGCUCAUCGGAACCAACCUGCACCCAGAGGCCCUCAACCAGAUCUAUCCCGCGCUGCUGAAGCGUCUGGACGACAGCAGCGAGGAGGUGCGCGGCGUCGCCCUGCAGGCCCUCGGGCUGUGGCUGUCCGGCCUGACCCAAGACUACCACCCUGAGCUCUGUGCUCCUCAUCUGCAGCUCCUCUUCCAGCAGCUCCUCCUGCACCUGGAUGACCCUGACGUCUCCGUCCAGGACCAGGUGCUCGAGGUUCUGAAGAAAGGCGGCUCGGUCCACCCGGCACUUCUGAGAAGGGAGGCGGAGGCCGUGAGAGACCAGCAGCGGAGUCCUCUUCACUGCGACCGGCUGCUCCGGCACAUCAGCGCUCUGCCCACCGAGGCCACAGCAAAGGGUCCCGAGUGACGUGGAGAGUGUGGCUCAACGCACCUUUUUAAUUAAACGUUGAUGAACAAUAAUCGUAAUACCGUGGGGGUAUUUUUCAAUGCAAGGACUCGUUCCCCUUAAGAUGAUUUUUUUUUUAUUUAUAGUUUUUAUAUUUGAAUGUUUCAAUAUCCCUUUUUAAUGCAGAAUAUCAUCUUGACCAUUUUGUUCAAUAACCGUUGUUGUUCAUUCAUUGCUGUUACAAUAAAUCUUCUGGUUCUGG